AUGGUUUUAGCAGGGGAACAAGAGCAGGAAGGUUACAGACCCAAGUUGUUUAGCAUCAGAGGGAUAUUUGCGGGAAAUGGGAGGCAUAGUAAGAGCCUGAGCGUUGAAACUGCUUCCGUGUUGGCGGAAUCUGCAGAGGAUGGUUCAGCUUCAUCAAGAAGUCAAGGAUCAAAGUCUAUUCAGGAUUUAGACAAGGUGCCCAAAGCAAGGGUGAUAAGCAAGGAGGAAAUCGCAGCAAAGGAAGCCAAAGAGAAACUCUUGCAAGAAAUGGAACAGAUGAAGGAGAGAUUUGCAAAACUGCUAUUGGGUGAGGAUAUGUCCGGUGGAGGAAAGGGAGUUUCGUCUGCUUUGGCACUCUCAAAUGCUUUUACAAAUCUUGCUGCUUCUAUUUAUGGUGAACAGAAACGCCUAGAGCCAAUGCCGGCAGAAAGGAAAGCCAAAUGGAAAAAAGAAAUUGAUUGGCUUCUCUCAGUCACGGACUACAUUGUUGAAAUGGUUCCUUCACAACAAAAGUCCAAGGAUGGUUCAAGUAUGGAGAUUAUGACGACAAGACAAAGGACGGAUCUCCACAUGAACAUCCCCGCCUUGCGCAAGCUCGAUGCAAUGCUUAUUGAAUGUCUGGAUAACUUCAAAGAUCAAAAUGAGUUCUAUUAUGUGUCAAAAGAUUCAGAUAGUUCAGAUAAAGACAGUUCAAGGAAAAAAAAUGAUGAUAAGUGGUGGUUACCUACCCCUAAGGUUCCCGCCGACGGUCUAUCUGAUGCGGCUAGAAAAUUUAUAAGUUAUCAGAAAGAUUCUGUUAAUCAAGUACUUAAAGCAGCCAUGGCAAUAAAUGCCCAAAUUCUAACAGAAAUUGAGAUCCCUGAAAGCUAUAUUGACUCCCUACCUAAGAAUGGAAGAGCAAGUCUAGGGGACUCGAUCUACAAGGGUAUAACAGUCGAAUUUUUUGAUCCUGACCAGUUCCUAUCAACCAUGGACUUAUCAUCAGAACAUAGAAUAUUGGAUCUCAAGAAUAGAAUCGAAGCAUCGAUAGUGAUUUGGAGGCGGAAGAUCAACCAAAAAGAUGGAAAAUCUGGUUGGGGUUCAGGGAUGAGUUCCGAAAAAAGAGAGCUCUUUGAAGAGAGAGCAGAAACCAUAUUGAUUCUCUUGAAGCACCGUUUUCCUGGCCUUCCUCAGUCUGCAUUAGAUAUAAGCAAAAUCCAAUACAACAAGGAUGUGGGGCAAGCUGUUCUAGAAAGCUAUUCAAGAAUAUUGGAAAGUUUGGCCUUUACAGUACUGUCAAGAAUAGAGGAUGUACGCCAAGCAGAUUACCAAAUUCAAUCUCAAAAAGUUUCAUCAGCAACAACAGUUUCCAAGCCUCCUAGAGAAGAGAUAGACAAGGGUAGUGCAGAUGCAACUGGUAUGACAUUAUCAGAUUUCAUGGGUUGGGGCCCUGAUGAGUCAGAGAUGAAGAAGGACCCCUUUGCAAUUCCAGAUGACUUAUGCAAAGACGAUGAUCCAAAGCAACAAAAACUUCCUAACGUAGUCACCAACAAGAAGUCAUAUCUCGACACCUUGGGAGUCACCAGAAGCCCAACAGCGCGUGAUUAA